AAUGGGGCGUUACAGCCUCUUAGCGGGGACGGGCCGGCUGCAGGGAAACGGGGAUUUGACGAACUGGUUGCGGAGGCGGCCGGGCCGGGCCGGGCCCCGCCGCCUGCCAGAGCGGGCGGUGCCGCCGGCAGCUCCCCGCGGCGGGGCGGGGCGGGGCGGGGCGCUGUGCCCAGCCGCUGUAACGGACGCGGCACCGGGCGGGCUGCCUUGCUGUGGGCCGCUGCCGCUGUUCGCGCUGGUACGGUAACAUCGUUCUCCUCAUCGGGGCCGGGGCGCUCCCCGCCACGGCCGCGCUAAGCGGCGGGGGGAGGCCGCCUUUGUUCCCUCUCUGAGGGGCGGAAGAAAGAACCCCGGCUUCCCGGGACAGCUGGGCCGGCGCCGAGGAUCGGUCUCUCUCUCUCUCGGCAGAAUUCGCCGCCUCCCGGAGCGGCGGGCGCGGGACCAGCGAUGGACCGCGAGGGGCCGGAGGCCGCCCGCCGGGAGGCAGAGCGGGAGCGCGGCCGUUACCUGGACCGCCGGGCCGUGGCCCAGGAGCAGCUGGCGCAAAUAAAGGAGCAUAAGCAUCAGGCAGAUCUGGCCAAGCUAGAAGACAAAAGAGAAGGGGAAAAAAUACAGAGAUUGAACAGAUUGUACCAAUUGGAAAUUCAGAGAGGAAAAGAAAAGGAACAGGAGGAAAAAAUUGAACGCCAGAGACUGCAUCAUGAGCAUGUAGCUGAACAGAAAAUAAUUAAAGCUGAAGAAAAACAGAAAGAAGACGAUGAUGAUGAUCGGAUUAAGGCUUAUAUUAAAGGAAAAGAAACGAUGGCUGAUCUGUCAAGAGAAAAAUAUGCAGAGACUAAUAGGCUAAUGCAGAAGCAUAAGGACAAGGCUUUUGAACAACUAACUGCACAGAUGAACGAGGCAUGGAAGACUGAAGAUGAUCGUCUUGCUAGAGGAGCUGCAGAGGUAGAAGAGGAAUACCAAAUGAAAAACAAAGCAAAAGAAGCAAAAAAAAAGGCUGCCAUUGAAUCUAUUGCUGAACACAGAGCCACUGCGAUGAAGAUGAAAGUGGACAAGGAGAGAGAGGAAAAAGCAGAGGAUGAGAAGGAUCGUAAUCAGUGGAUGACAGAAGAUAGGAUCUUCUUAGAAAAGGAAAAAGCCAAGAAACAAAGUCAACGUGAUGCAAACAUGGAAGUACAGAAAAUUCAGAUCCAGCAAAUGGCUGAAAAGCAGGCAAAAAAACAACGGGAAAGGCAAGCAGAUUUGGACUAUGAUGCUCAGCAAGAAGCCGCUUUUCAUAAGGAUCGAGCAUUUCAGUGAUAAAGACAUGCUCCUUUUACUACUUCAAGCUUUUUUCAGCAAGCAGAAAGAAUGGAAACUUUAAUAAAAGCAUUUUGAUCGCAGAAGGUAGAGCCUUGAGAAGAAGCAUGUACUACAGCAGAAGUGGUGCUGAAAUCUUCAGAGCUUGAUAAUGCUCCAAAUGCAUCCCUAAGUGCAUAUUUGCAAAUGCUCACUACUCGGCAGUUGGUGAGUUAAAGGGGUUUUUAGUCUACCUCUGCAGCAAGAAGCAAGGUGGAUGGCAGCCUCCUUUCCUAUUCAGCUUCAAGAAACGCCCUCUUCUGCAGAUUAUGUAUGUCUGCAUUUGAAGUCUACAGCCUGCUUCCAUGGGGCUUAUAGCCCUUUUACUUUGAACAUCUACAGAAAUAUCAAACUCAAUUGCCAGAAAACAAAUCGUCCUUUCAGUACACCUGAAGUAGGAAUCCCGUGUAAUUUUAAAGCACAUUGGCUAAAUAUGGAUUGUUGCCCGAAUUCAACAUGAAAAAAAUCCAGCAUGAAUCAUGAUGUCACUUUAUUCCACUGACAUGCACCUGCUUUGUUUGCUAGCUUUAAAUGACUAACACUAUUUAGUAAUCCUCCAUAAAACUAGGCAAAACCCUCAAUUAUUUUAAGAACAUGAAGAAAUACUUGAGGUUCUAAAAUUUUCAGUAACAAAGCAUUUUGGUAACAUUUCACUGUCUUUUACAGUUGUCCUACAUGAAAGGCAAGAAUGGAAAGCUGCUUUCAGGAAUAAUACAGAAGAUUAAAAUCAGUUUGUUUAUGAUGUAUUAAAGAAAACAGGAAGAAAAGGCAGGGACUAGGCUAAGAGAACAGCUCCUUAUGCAGGUAGAAGCAGUUGAAAGCUAUUGAACAGACUGAGAUGAGAAAUAAACAGAAAGCUGGGCUCAUUCAGUCUGGCAAUGAAGAGACUAAGGAGUAACCUAAUUAACGGCCUAUACCUGCUUGAAGGUACAGCAGAGCCAAACUUCUCGACAGAAUCGGGUGAAUGGUAGAACAAGUGUCAACAUCAGGAAAACCUGCUUCACCAGGAGCAUAAUGUGAUGACAAGGGAUCAGAAUGGCCAGAGGUGGCAGAAUUGCCACUUGUGAAGGCUUUAAAGAUGCCCCAUUAAGGCAGGAGGUUGGUCUAGCUGACCUCCAGAAGUCCUUUUCAACUACAAUUUAAAGAUGGCAACAAAAUACAGGGAGAUCAACUGUAGCUGAUACGAAGGGAAACUGCUGACCUGGAAGAAUCUGCUAAUUGAGAGGUACCUCUCAUCUAAUGCCUACUCUCCCUACUUGUGUUGGUUAUUAGCUGAAAUUUUAAGUAAUAACUAGCAAAUCAGAAUAUACUUUGAGAAAUAAUGUGACUAGUAAACUUUAAUUACUGGUUUCACUUGAAAAAGCACUGUCUGAGGUAGUGUGCUGCUUCAGGAGGUUGUAGUGGUUGAGAAACAUAAGAAUUAUUGGCCUUAUUAGAAGGCAAGACCUUAGAAAUGCAAGGCAACCCUCAGAGGGACUGAAACAGGCCUUAAAUCAAACUGCCUUUUUUCCAAACUUGUCCCUCAGCCCUGGAAGUAGAGCAGCAACUUGAACCUAUGGGCCUCCAGGGUCUAACAUGAUGUUCUGCCAACAGGAACACAGCUGGUACUGCGUGGCUAUGGUAAGACAGCACUGUCAUCACGGAUUUAAUACAACUCCUACCUAGAAAAUGGAAGAGAGAAGCUUUCUGAAAUGCCUUAUAUCUUAAGGGAAUUUGAGUUAAUUCACUGUGCAGCUCUUCGCUGUUAGGUGGUGGUCCAGGUUGGAGUUAUUAGUUCUUUUCAAUUUCUUUUAACAUUACAGUCUUUGCUGCUCAGCUCUGAGGAAGUUUGAAGAGGACACCUACCUGCAAGCAAACUACCCCUGAACAGAUGGUGCCAUGGAACUAUUAAGGACGGACAUGUUUCAUGUCCCAGUACAGACUGGCUGUAUGCUCCUGAAAAAUAAAUGAAAAAAUUUUUUUUUCAAAGCUCACGGGUGGUGUUAGGUCAAAUAAUUAAUUCUGUUUCAAUAACUAAAUUCUUUCAGGUGCCUGUUAUUAACUUACAUGUCUUUCUGGUAUCUUGAAUGGAAGAGUGCUGUAACUAGUCUGUAAUCUUCCUCAUUUUGGCAGUGCAUCCUUCUCUGCUGAAUCUUCCUUCUUUUUCUGGCUGUGCAUCUUUGAGAGAAGGAAAAUUCACUACUUACAAAUAGCUCUCAACCCCAAAACAACUCCAACACAAAAAAACCCCACCCUCAUUUUUGAAAGCUAAGAGUUCAGAGGGAGUUGAAGUGAAGACCAGGGGCGUGACAAGACCAUGUGAGAUGUCUUUGGAAUUAAAUUAAUUCAUCUCUAUUUAAAAUAAAUGUUGUGCUAUAGGCUUUGCUGAACUUGAAUGUAGUCAUUCCCUUUACACUCCUGCAAGACCACCACUACAGUGUAAGCUGCUUUUUGUUUUGCUGUGUCGUGCCUUUGGCAUUAAGAACUAGAUAGCUAAGUGGAUACAUAAAUGUUUCAAACUUGCCCUCCAAUCUGUUAAGCCCAUAGUUGUUCAUAGCUGGUUGAUACUAUCUUGCAUAAACCAGCAGGGCACUUUCUUUUUCUGUGGGUUUUCUCAUCUCCAAUAUAUUAUCCAGACAAGUGUACAAUUCUGUUAGGUGCUGAAGGGCUUGAGCAUCAGAACUGCAGGUCCAUAAAAUUCAACAUUUUAUCUCUGCUAACGUAAUUGCCCCCCUUCGAAGGAGCAGCAUCUGGCCUGACUCCUUUUCUGUGUAAAGGAAAAAAGGGCAAAGGUUAGAAAGCAGCAAUGUGUCCUGGAAGAUGCAAGCAGUAGUUACUGAGCAGACCAGAGGCAGGAUCAAAGAUACGAGACCAGAGACUACCAUGGUCAGGGAAGUACAAAUUCAGCAACUGGUAAAGUGGCAUAGCAGGCAAGGGAGAAACUGGACUAUCUUUGUUAAACCUCAGUAUUAUGUGACUGCUAUAGGACAAGGUUUUCUGCAUUUGUUUCAAUUACAGUCUAUCAGUGCAUAUACAAUUAAUUGUACGGUAGUUAUUAAUUAUACAGACUUAAACUUUGUUUCUUUCUUCUUCAGAAAUACAUCUGACAACUAUAGAAGUAUCUACUAAGGAAUAAGAGGCUAGCCGCUGUCUUCAUACAAGUUGUAUGUGCCUGCAAAACCUAUCAGUGCCUAACAGCUGAAGCUAACUCUGGAGCAAGUUAGAAGGUGCACUAUUUGCCAGAACCUGCCAGUACUCCAGCUCAAGAAACAAGUACCAUAGCUACAGCCAUAGCUUGCAACUGUACCUGUAACUACUCUAGUUUUAUUAUGGAACAAUGUAGUAGAUUUGCCUUCUAGGAAAUUGAGGCAACAACCAAAGGUAAACUAUCAAUGCAUCUGUACCAUACUCGGCGUAUUGCUGGGCUUCCAGGCUUAAUUCAAAGCUUAUGUUUUAGCUUAAAAAAAAAAAUUUACUGAGCAAAUAAUAAAAUUGAGUAGGCUGCUUAAAAACAGCUGCCUGUAA